AUGAUCAGUGUACCGAAGAAUCCUCCUAUCGAUAUUCGUGCACUUAUCCUUUACGAUAAUUCUCAAUGGAAAACAGCCGAAAAAUCAUAUAAUAGUUAUGAGAAACUGUGUGAAACAUCAGGAAAUGUGGCGAUUUCUUAUGAAGACUAUGAGUAUUACUUCAAUGAAUAUCUCAAAGAAGCCUAUUAUUCCGCUAGAAAUAAAAGCCAACCCCCGGUGACAGAUAUUCGUUGCUGCAUUCUAUCUGAUGUAGUCAAUGGAAAACCUGCUGAAAAAUCUUUGAUUGAUUUGUGUGAAGCGUUUGGAUUCAUUAAAAUCAAUAAGGAAGAACAUGGCUACUGGUACAAACGUUAUAAGUAUACACGUCAUCCCUCGACACCACUCCAAUUCUCCGACUUGCCGAUUGAUGUCGUUUCGGAGAUUGUGGAAAAAUGUGAUUUGGAGACUCAUUUGAAUCUCCGAAACGUUUCAUAUGGACUUCGAACCGUCGUUGACCAGAAGAGACCUGCAUGUACUAAACUUUAUACGGUUUUUGUAGAUUAUGGCAUUGGUAUUUCGCACGACUUCUUACAUUUGCCAGAUCCGCGCGGUAGGAAUCAACAAAAGAUGUUCAGAGAACUGGAAUUUUUAUUGCGAAAUCCGAAACUUCGACUGAAACAAUUGAGUAUCAAAACGGGUUUGUCCGAAUCAAUCAAUUUCGAAUCGUAUACUAUGAAAGCUCGAGAAAGAUUGGAUACAGACGCAAUCAAGGAAGCGCUGAAUCUCCAAGAAACCACUUCUCCAGGAAUAUAUUCGAUUCCCAAUUCAAAUCUUGUCAUUGAGUUUUCAUGGGGAUCAAGAGUGUUGAAAUUGAGUAAAUACUCCGUAUAA